UUUCUUUCAGUUCACAUUCAGCUGCUCGAAGGAAUUUUCUUCGAACGAGGACAAACGAGGACCGGCUUGGUGAAACAUGGGAAAAUUAUCCUUGGUUUCGUUUUUCGCCGCGGUGAUUUUGGCCACGGCCACCGCCGUCGAUCUGCCAAAUAACUGGAGGAUAUGCCCGAGAUCUCUACCGGACGAUCAGUAUUACAAGUGUGUCGCUGAGGCCGUCAAGGAUGCUGUCGUCUCUUUAGCUGGCGGCUUGAAGAGCUUCAAGAUUCUACCGAUCGAACCGUUGGCCGUGGACAGCGUGAAGAUCGGCAAUUCCCAAGGAUCGGUUACUUUGAAACAGGAGUACCGGAAUAUUAAGUUGCACGGGCUGACGAAGAAUCUCGAGGUUAAAAAUUACCAUAUCGACUGGGAUAAAUGUCUCCUGUCGUCGGAUUCGUUCAAUCCGCAGGUGGACUUCGUCGCUGAUUACAAAAUCGAUGGAAAAGUGUUGCUUCUACCGGUCAGAGGGUCCGGAAAGUCCAACAUUACCAUGUACGAACUGAAGUCUCACAAUGACAUAUACUGCGAGAAAUAUCAGAAGAACGGGGAAACGUAUUUGAGGAUCAAGAAGUACGUGGUGAAGUUCAAUCCUUCGCGAGUGACGCUACGAUUCGAGAAUCUCUUCGACGGCGAUAGUAUUCUGGGCGAGCAAAUGAACCGCUUCAUAAACGAGAACUCUGACCUGCUGUUCAAGGAGCUUCAAGCACCGUAUGAGGAAACGUUCGGUCUCGUAUUCACGAAACUUAGUAACGACGUGUUUAGCCGCGUGCCGUUCGACAAAAUAUUUCCGCAAACGUAAAUGAAGAAUUAAACAUCCUCUCGCGGCUCCUAUCCCCUCUUCUUUAUCGUGUCUUCAUCCAUUCGUGAGGAGUUGC